AUGAACGGCGCAACCCGCCUCCAAAUCCGCACCCAACACUGCAGCUUCUGCAACCACCUCCUGCUAGCCACAACCCGCGACAUAAAGCAGCUCCCACGGCGAACAAACGGCUCAAAAGACACAGCCAUAAUCCUCCCCCUCUCAUCGCAAUCACAAGAUCCCGACUCAGACACGACUCCCGAUGCUUCAGGAAAACACGCGACCGUCCUCCUCUCUACAACGAUCCCCGAUAAGCGCUCAACCCUCAUCCGACGGGCAGACGGAAUCGAGAAGCGCAUUCUCCUCCGAUGCGGCCGCUGUCGGGCUGUCGCGGGGUACUAUCUCGAUCGCGUACAUUGGGAGAAUCAGUAUCCGCAGAAUGGAGAUGGAGCUGAAGGGGACAGACCACCGGCUGUGUACCUUCUUCCCGGGGCGGUGGUUCAGACGGAAAAUAUGGGGGAAGAGGACGGUGGUGUGGGAGAAAUGGAGUGGAAGAAAUGGGCGGAGACUAAUUAA